AUGGCAGGUCCAAAAACUAAUGCCCAAUUCCAUUUCACUAGUAUCAAAAAAUAUUUCAACUCUUUUACUGUCACAGGUAGAAUGAACUGUGUACUGGCCACAUACGGAGGCAUUGCUUUGAUGGUCUUAUAUAUUAAGGUCUUAAAAAAACACCAGCUGUGA